GCCACGAUUACAAUCAUGUGUGCUAUUUUUUUCGUUGGCAACAUUAUUCUGUACGUCAUCGUCAAGUAAACCGCAAACCCAAAUGUCACAAGCGGAAACGUAGAUACGGCCGCGAAAAUCCCACAAGGUUUCAAGUAUUAUUUUAUUUGUUCGUAAUUGAGCCGUGGCCAUGAAAGCGACUCACGCUAUUAAACGACUAUGACCGGCGUCGUGACUAUCGGUAAGCGUAUGACGUAGUAUCAAUGAGUUAAAGUUAGUAGAUAAUUAGCAAUCACCGCGCGAUGUCGGGCCGCGGGCAGGACGAGGCCGAGAGCGAGUCUAAGCUCAUGAAACGGGCGCUGAGCGCGGCCUUCUAUGCGUUCGCCUCCUUCAUGAUCACCGUUGUCAACAAAACGGUGCUGACCACGUACGCCUUCCCGUCGUACCUGGUGCUCGGUCUCGGGCAGAUGAUAGCGACUUUAGUGGUGCUGUGGGUCGGGCGGCGGAUCCGGUUGGUGCAGUUCCCGUCGCUGGACAUGAACGUCGCGCGCCGCAUCUGGCCGCUGCCGAUCAUAUACCUCGGCAACAUGGUGACAGGCCUCGGAGGGACGAAGGAGCUGAGCUUGCCAAUGCUUACCGCGCUGCGUCGCUUCAGCAUUCUCAUGACAAUGAUUUUGGAGAGAAUUAUACUGGGUGUAAGAGCUACAUGGCAAGUGCAAGGAAGUGUCAUGGCCAUGGUGGGAGGAGCGUUGCUGGCUGCAGCUGAUGACGUCACAUUCUCCUGGCAGGGCUACACACUAGUCCUUCUCAAUGACGGCUUCACUGCGGCUAAUGGUGUUAUCAGUAAGAAGAAGCUUGACUCGAAGGAGCUUGGGAAGUACGGGCUCAUGUUCUACAAUGCGCUCUUCAUGAUCGUGCCUGCAGCUUACGUUGCCUGGCAUGUAGGGGACAUAGAAGCAUCAAUCAAUUAUGAGCAUUGGGGUGAUAUGCUGUUCCUAAUUCAGUUCCUAACAUCAUGUGUCAUGGGGUUCGUACUCUCAUACAGUGUCAUGCUCUGUACACAAUACAACAGUGCCUUAACAACAACUAUCAUUGGUUGCCUUAAGAACAUUUUAGUUACUUAUCUCGGUAUGGUAAUCGGUGGGGACUAUGUGUUCUCAUGGCUUAACUUUGUAGGUUUAAAUAUAAGUGUGUUGGCGAGUCUUAUAUACACAUAUGUUACGUUCAAACGUAAACCUCAGGCUGUGUACAGCAAGAUUGCGGAAGCGAAUGCUCGUGUGGAUACCGUAUAGCAGUAUCUGAAACAUAGGACCCAGUGCUCUACGUUCCUAGUAUAGUAUUGAGUUACCAAAGAACAGUGGAUUUUGUGAAAUCUCAUAUUUUAACUGUUGAUCAAAAGUGAACAAGUAAAUUAUUAGUGCUAAAUUUACAGUUAAAGUUAAAUUAUUAUGCUAUACUCUGUAUCUUUAGGUACUUGAAUAAAAGUAAACAAAUAAUUUGUACAUUUUCGGGUAGUUAUAACAUUUAUUGAUUAACCAAGCAAAUACAAAAUCACCUGGAUCUUUCACUGAACAACCUGACUUUAACCUACAUUAUUUGAUCAUGUAAUGUUUUCAUCUACCCUCAACUGCCUUAAGAAGCCAUUUGAGGGUAGAUUUUGUUUACUCUUUUUUAAAUACCUAAAGAUACAGAGUAUAGUAUAGGAGGAAAUCUCCAGUAUUUAAGGUGGAAUGUUUUACUGCCUUUUCUUUACAAUGUUAAUGCAUUCAAACAGUGCAAUCAGUGAAGAU